UGCAAAAUUACUAACAUGGCUCAAAAUUUGGUACAGUACAUAGUCGUUCGCAAGGAUCUGUUAAAAUCAGGAUGGCCGACUGGUGCCCUCAUUACACAGGCUUGUCACGCCUGUGUUGCUGUCAUACAUCAGUUUUACGACAAUGAGGACACCAAAAAAUAUCUCAACGAUAUAGACCGAAUGCAUAAAGUAACAUUAGAGGCAACAGAUGAAGAGAGUAUUGUAAAGCUGUCAGAAACAUUGGCCAGUAAAGGGAUUGAGCAUAAACUGUGGAUAGAACAGCCAGAAAACAUACCAACAUGUGUAGCAACAAGACCUUACAUAAAGGAAAACAUUCAAGAACAUUUUAAAAAGUUCAAGUUAUUCAAGACAUGACACUGAUUUCUUAAAAAUUAUAUAUGCAUUUUGAAUUUAAAUUUUACACCUAUAAUCCUUUGAAAUAAAUUGAGAACAUACAGAUUUA